UCACUGACUGAUAUUGAACUCCUUCAUAGUGUUGUGGUAGUGGAAGAAAUGGAGAUCACUGAGGCCAAGGAAUGCAUUGAAACAUAUAGAACAGAGUUAAUGGAAUUCUGCAAGUCACUUUCUAUCAGUCUUUGUUUGAAGGAAAGAUUUGCUUCCAUUCCUCAUCUUCAAUGUGAAACAGUUACUCUUGUAUUUGACUGGAAACCUGAGGAACAUUUACUCAAAGAUAUUAAGGAGCUCCUUGCAAAAGUAUCUGGUAAACUAUUAAGGAUUGAGUAUAUAGAGCCUCACAAAUCAAUAUCUGUCACUUGCUCCUUUCCUUUCUCUGAUGUUGGGUUUACUAUAUUGAGGAUGAUAGAGAAUAUUCAUAUACUAAUGGGACAAGGAUUAAAGAAACUGACUAUUGGCAAUUUAACAUUAUGGAAGAAACAAGAUGUUGAACAAAAGGAACUAAAAGUAAAGGAUCAAGACUUAUUAUUACAGCAUACAGAAGUUAUUUCUCAUAUUAUACUUGAAGAAGCUGAAGAUAGACUAAGGGAUGCUAUCAGUAGCAAAGAGAAGGAAGCAAUAGAAUUGAAAAAAAGAACAGUCAAUGAUUACAAUACCUGA